CCCCCUACUGUUGAAUGAAAUUACGCCCAUGAUUCUCCUCUGUCUUCAGAAAGUCUUCCAUCUUCACGUUGUUUGGAUAUGCAAAUCUUAGUGUUGAUGUAAUAUGCAAAUGAAUAACAUCUAUGAGAUCAGUUGUUGACUUCUCAUUAAAAUAGCACCUCGUUCAGCUUUGACAAGACAAUUUCAUUAAUAAACACUUAAUAAUCAUCCUUGUUCCAGCAAACCCUCCUUCUUUGUGUAAUACGUUUUGUUAUGUAAAUAAUCAUGACGACACAAUGCAUAUGCAAACCUAUGGCGUCACCAGGCGAAUGUUAUGAGCAUGCAUUUUCCCCUGAAAUGACCUGUUCGCGUGAAUAGUUAUGGUACCGGUGCUAAUCAUUUUGUUCCCUCCUGUGCAACCUCGGAUUUCUCGUGGACUGUCCUCCAAAACAUUGUCACGUGUGUCCGUUUGUGUGCAGGGCUCAAAGUGCUCUUAUUUGACUGUCGGGGUGUUUCGUGUGCCUUUUUUCUCCAAGCCGGGGUUGUCUGAGGAACAUGGCAGCAGAUAGGACCCAGCAGACAGACUUGGCAAUCCUCACCUGUCCGUGGCCGCUUCUUUGAGAUCGUUUUUGCCCCCCACCUGAAGCUGACCGUACCGGAAAACCGUUAUCUGGCUCGUGCUCUCGCGCUCCGUGAUCCUCCAGAGCAGCCCCGGGCAGAACGCGAUGCGGUCGCGGUGCGUGCGCGCUUUGUUGCUCGCCUCCUUGGCGCUGCUCUUUCUCUCAUCCUCCUCCUCCUCCUUCUUCUCCUCCGGCGCCGAGGGUUUUCGCUGUCCGAGCUGCACGGCGGAGCAGCAAGCGGCGUGUCCUAAACCCCCGACCCAAUGCACGGAGCUGGUGCGGGAACCGGGAUGCGGCUGCUGUCCCGUGUGCGCGCUGCAGCUCGGCGAGCCGUGCGGCGUGUACACGGCGCGCUGCGGCAGCGGCCUGCGCUGCUCCCCCAGCCAGAGCUCCGAGAUGCCGCUGGACGAGCUGGUCAGGGGACACGGGAGCUGCCAUGUCAGAUCCGACAAUUCAGAGUCGCAUGAUGAGCGCGACUUCGAGUCCGAUUUCGGAGAUCCAUAUACCACAAGGCCUCCGAUCCCGAGAAGGCCAAACAAAGAUGCCUACUGGCACAUGAGGGAGACUAUAUUCAAGCAUCACCAGAAUGAGCAGAAGACCAGAAUGAUGAAUCGAGUGGAUGAGCCCAAAAAUCCUCGUCCAAGAAUGAGCCAAUGUCAACAGGAGCUGGACAAAGUGCUGGAAGAGAUCUCUAAAAUGACCUUCCAUGACAACAAGGGACACCUGGAGAACCUGUAUGAACUAACGUUUCCCAACUGUGACAGUAACGGACAAUAUAACAUAAAACAGUGCCACAUGUCCACCCAUGGGCAAAGGGGUGAAUGCUGGUGCGUAAACCCCCACACUGGUAUCCAGAUUCCCUCCUCGACCCGAGUGAGGGGUGACCCCAACUGCAGCCAGUACUACAGUGGACCCGAGCUCAAGUCCACUACCAGCCUGUACAAAUAAACGUGGCUAAAUGGAACGACAGAACAAUGAGAGACAAAGCUAGAGAGACAAAGUGUGCAAGCAUAUAUUCCUGUGUGUCUGUAUGUGGAACUACGUCAGACCUUAUUCUGAUUUUCAUUUUAAUCUCAUGGAAUAACAGUAUAGCAAGCACCACAUUCAGACAAAUCUGUGCUACAUAUAUGCCCAAUGUAAUGACAAUAGACUGGUGUUAUGUUCUCCGAUUAUAUCCUGUACUAUAACACAGUAAGUCUAAGCAGGCUUUUCUCGUCCCGUGACUAUGUUUUCACGUAGCUACAGUACAAAUCCCAGUAUGUAACAGUUUGUGCAGCUUCCUCUAUUUGGUCCCAUUCCCCACUUCCUUUUUAGAGCCAGACUAACAUAAGCUACAACCACUCCCGUGCUGCUGCUUUUCUAACACUAAACAUGCACCAAAGUAAGAAUGCUAAUGUAUAAUUUUCUGCAGUGUCCUGCAAACAAUGUACUUUAUUUGCAUGGAUUUGUUUUCGAUGUGUGUCCCCUCCCUCCUUUUUUUUUUGUGGUUGUUCCAUGUGCACGGACACCAUCAGUGCUGUUUACUCGUAUUCAAAACCGCCUUCUCUGUUUGACUCACCCUAACAAACCACGUGGAGCUGCAUUCUCUGUACUGGCCUUGUCUAAUGUCUGUGGGGUGUCCAUGGGGUUACUCAGUACACAAUUGUGUGUGUGUGUGUAUGUGUGUGUGUGUGUGUGUGUGUGUGUGUAAAGCAAAGUGUAGCCAAUGUUGGCAGCUGAUAGACUUCUCCCCCUAUUCUCUCCAUUCAGUCAUAUGGGGGAAAAUAUGGGUGGAGCGGUAGGUUUGGAGCAAAAGUGGUUACUAAUGAUCUGCUGACAGAGGUCAAGAUUAGGACACAAAGCUGACACUGACAAAUGCAAUAUUAAGUGAGUAGAGUACCUAUAAAUAAACACAGGUUUGCAAAUAUAUGCCUGCAAUGCAGAUGGGCUGUACUUUACUUUUUGCUAUUUCACAUUUCCCAUGGCUGAGGGGGGGGUGAGUGAAAGGCCCAUUUGGCAUUUGGAAGAUUUAGUGAUUAAAGUGUCUUGAGAUGUGUGAAAGGAUGCCAAUUGGUGCACAGGCUGAUGGGGGGGCUGCUAAGCUUGCAUUGUCAGGAGCUGUUCCCACCUGGUUUGAUUCGUUUAGUGUAAAUGCGCUCUAGGGCACUGAUUGUCCUUCAAAACUAUAGUUACAUUUGAUUCUGCCUGUGAAGUGCUAUCAUGCUUGUCUGCCUGUCUUUCCAUCUUUGUCUCUCUUGUUCUCCCUUUUCUUUUCUCUCCUUUAUUUUGAGUGUAGCAUUGGACAGAUUAAAUAGACAGGAUCCAUAAAUAGCAGCUGAGAUUAAGCUGAUCGAUUGUAAACAAAUGGUGCGUACGCUCAAGUGCUCGGCUAAAAACUGUUCUGACUGUGUUUGGAGACUUCUGUGAGCUUUGCCUCUCAGAUAACAUAUUAACCUUCAGUAGCUCACAUGGUAUUGCCAUGUCCAGCUCGCCUUUAAAAUUAGCUUUCAUAGAUUUUCUUUUUUUAGAGUGUAUUAUGGUGCUACAGCCUGGCUCUUCUAAACCCUGCUCCCCCAUGUGGGGUUUUGGGGCCAGCACAUAGGCUGCUGAGACUCUGGGUACGAGUUUUCCAUUUGGGCUGGCUUCCAAAAUAGAUUACUGCCUCCCCUCUGGUGGUAUAGUAAAUUUUAUGGUAGUUUGAGUCUGACCUAGUUUGAAAACAAAGCAAAACCAAUUCCUGUUUUUUUUUUUUUUUUUGGAACAUAUUGAUUUGCCAGAGCUGUGCUGAAGGAGCGAAAGAAUUUGGUUGUGUGUGUGCAGAGGGGGUUGCUGUGCCAUGCCUGUAGCCAGAGGACGGAGGGAAGUGGUGUUUGCCAUCUGCUGCAGUGUUAAAAUGUCAGAGCUGCGUGCUGUUUGGAUGGCCUUCGACAGGCGACAGGAAGAAUUUCUUAAGCAAAUCCUACACAGCACACAAUGUACUAGCAUUGCACACUUUCACUUUUUACACUUUUCUUCUCGUCGUCGCAUUGCAUGCCACCGUAUAUCGGGAGGCACACCAGCAGCAGAUAGUAAAGUUUAUUGGUGACCACUAACGCAGCAUGAUUCUUGUAUCUUUUCUCGUUGGAAAUAAAGUGCCUGCUUGCAAUUCGAAGGUGGGAUUGUGAAAGCCAUAAAUGCAUGCCAACCAACAAAGAUAUUUUUAAAGGCCUGUAAUAAAUGACAAUAUGAUUAAACAUGUUACUUUCA